AUCCGCCCAUCAAUCAUCACCUUCACCAAGCACUUUGCGCGCCGCCAUCUGAAUCGAACUACCUGUCAUCCGAAUCGCCGUUCCAACUUCUCAGAUUAAUCACCGCCCGACACACAUACACAAGCGCAAGACAAGAUGGACAGCUUGGUGGCGCAGUACAGCAGACCGGCCUUCAAGGAUGAGGGCUAUCAAGAGCAGGACCAGCUGGAGCUAGUUGAUGCUAUGCCCACUGCCAUCGAUCUCAAGUUCGCUCUCCCUCCUGUCGCACAAGCGCAAUCAUGGCUCCGCGCAAUGACCGACGACCACUCGAACCCCAGCUGCCCCAUCAAGCUCGCUCACGGUACAACGACCCUCGCCUUCAGAUUCAAGGGCGGUAUCAUUGUGGCAACCGACUCCAGAGCCACUGCAGGAAACUGGAUCGCCAGUCAGACCGUCAAGAAGGUUAUUGAGAUCAAUCCCCAACUGCUAGGUACCAUGGCUGGUGGUGCUGCCGACUGUCAAUACUGGCUUGCCUACCUUGGUAUGCAAUGCCGUCUUCACGAGCUCCGUCACAAGCGCCGUAUCUCGGUUGCCGCCGCCUCCAAGAUUCUGGCCAACCUGGUCUACCAAUACAAGGGCAUGGGCUUGAGCAUGGGUACCAUGUGCGCCGGUGUCACACCUCAAGAAGGACCCGCUCUCUACUACAUCGACAGUGACGGCACCCGCCUCGCCGGCAACCUGUUCUGUGUUGGCUCCGGUCAGACAUUCGCCUACGGUGUGCUCGAUGCUGAAUACAGCUACGACUUGUCAGACGAGGACGCUCUCGAACUCGGCCGCCGCAGUAUCCUGGCCGCCACACACAGAGAUGCAUACUCUGGUGGUUACAUCAACCUGUACCAUGUCAAGGAGGAGGGCUGGGUCAAGCACGGCUUCAACGACACCAACCCCAUCUUCUGGAAGACCAAGCUCGAGAAGGGCGAGUUCUCCAACGUCACAGCCGACCUGAACUAGAUAUCUGGAUGCUGGACAGUGGAUGCAUAGCGGGAUGGGCGUUUCAUGGCGGCUGGUGCUUGAUGACUUCUCAAACUUGUAAUCAUACAGACAAUUCUGAUGGUAGACGAACCCUUUUCUUACCUUUUC